UAAGACGUGGAAAUCAUGGAAAAAUAUUUAGAAAAGAUAAAAAAGGGCAACAUUGUAUGCCGAGAAAAUAUCAUAGCACGGCUAUAUUCUUUAAUUGGUAUAACGAAUGAACCAAUGCCAGAAAGCAUAUUUGUUUACGGUCAUAUGGCUACUGGAAAAUCAUUAAUAAUACAAAAUCUACUCAAUCAUUUAAAAUAUAAUGUUAGUUACAUUAAUUGUAUAGAGCACUUAGGUAAUAAACAUAUAUAUAAUUAUGUCUUAGAUGAUUUAACUGCAUCUACAAAAAAAUCAGAUGGCGAUACACAAUCUAGACAUAGCUGUGACAAUAUUAUGGAUUUCAUACUCGCGCUUAGGAAAAUAUCUCGUAAUGAUAAACGUCCAAUUGUAUUGGUAUUUGAUAAAUGUCAUAAGAUAAGACACUUUGAUGUGACUUUUUUACCAGCAAUUGUAAGACUUAAAGAAUUAUCCGGUAUUAAUAUAUGUACAAUUUUGAUUAGCGAGAUUGUGUGGGAUAAGUUCAAUACUAAGAUAGGGAUAUUGAGGCCUAUAAAGAUCCAUUUUCCACAAUACACAAAAGAUGAAUUAGCUCAAUUGCUAUUAUUGGAUAAGCCAGUGAAUUAUGAUAUGGAUUUUUACAAGAAUUAUUUGAAUCUUUUUCUUUCUGUGUUUUUCCGAUUUUGUAGAGAUCUAAAUGAACUUCGACAUAUGGCCAAAAUAAAUUUUGCUAAAUAUGUUGAACCCAUAGAGAGUAAACGAAUUGAUCAGAAUAAUGUUGCUGCAUUAUGGCGAAAUAUUUCUCCAAUUUUGAAAUCUAAUUUGGAAAUUAUUUACCUUAGAGUUUCUACGGAUGAUUUUUUGCAACCCAAUCAUCAAAUGUCUCGGGAGAUCGAGUCGACGACAAAGCUAGCUUUGAGUUUCGAAUUACCGUUUUACGCAAAGUAUAUGUUAAUCGCAGCGUAUUUAGCUUCGUAUAAUCCAACAAAAUAUGACAAACAUAUUUUUAUGAAGCAGAGUAGUAAGAGAAAGAAAAAGAUACAGACAUUUAAGAAAACGACAAAAGUAAAUAUGCAAAAGAAAUCUCAAGUUUUCACUAUCUCGAGAUUGCUCGCGAUCUUCUGCGCUAUUCUUGAUGAAAAAGUAGACAUCAAUGCCAAUUUGCUCGCUCAAAUAUCCACCAUGUGUCAGCUUGGUCUAUUAUCUAUGAUUGGAGAUAAUAUCGUACACUUAGAUGAACCAAAAUUCAAAUGCUGUGCAAGUCAUGAUUUUAUUAUCGUCGUAGCUAAGACAGUUGGCUUUGAUAUAAGGAAUUAUUUAAGCACUAAUAUAGAUUAAAUUACUCUAUAUAAUUUAUUAUGUUUAUUUUUAGUUUAUAGUUUCAUAUGUGUGCUUGUUUGUAAAGCUUUGCCUUUGCCUGGUUUAAUGUCGAUUUCUUGACAGAUAAGCUUACAUAUUUUUUAUUUAUAUUAGAAUAAGAUUUUAUUUUUUUUUAUGUAUAUGUAACU